AUGUGCGAACAGCUCUGCUUCGCUAUACCGCAGGGAUAUAGUGACACGAACUACCGGUGCGCCUGUUCUACGGGCGUAUUGGCACCCGACAAGCAAAAGUGCAAAAACGUUGACGAAUACAUUGUGUUCACCACCAGAAAGGAGAUCCGGAGCGUGAAUCUGGACCCACAAGUCACGAGUGCUCCCUUCCCUCCGCGCGUUAAUCUCUCUAAUGUCGUCGGUCUUGACUUUGAUUACGCCAACAAACGUAUGUUUUUCACUCAAAUACGUCCCGACGGCGCCAUUUCAUGGAUUAAUGUCGACAAACGGGAUGAAGUGAAUGUGAUUUUGUCGAAAGGCAUAAAUCCCGAGGGAAUCGCUUACGACUGGACGGCACAGAAGAUCUAUUGGACCGAUUCGGCCAACAGAAGCAUAUACUCUAUGAAUUUGGACGGCUCUCAGAUCGUUAUGAUUACGCGAGUAGAGAGACCCCGUGCUAUAGUGGUGGACCCGUGCCAGGGAUUCAUGUAUUACACCGAUUGGGGCCGAUUUGGCAAUUCGGGCAAAAUAUUCAGGGCAACGAUGGCCGGUAACGAGAAAAAGGCUAUCGUUGAGAGCGAUUUGACACAACCGAGUGGUUUGAGUAUCGAUUACGAGGAGAAGAAGCUCUACUGGACGGACGCCUUGCGAGAGAAGAUUGAGAGAUCAGAUAUGGACGGAAAGAAUCGCGAAGUCUUAGUGUCGGCCACUAUAUACCCAUUCGCUAUUAAUGUGUUCGGGAACUACAUUUACUGGACAGACCUUCAAUUGCGAGGUGUCUAUAGGGCUGAGAAGCAUACCGGCGCCGGAAUGAUCGAAAUGGUUAAACGACUCGAAGAAUCGCCGCGCGAUAUACACAUCUACUCAUCGCAGAGGCAAUUGUGUGAUAAGAAUCCGUGUUCACUGAAUAACAACGGCGGGUGCGCUCAUUCCUGCCACCAGGCGCCCAAUGGGUCGGUCGAGUGUCGGUGCAAUACUGGCUUCAAACUGGCCAAUGAGAACAGGAUGUGUGUCCCCGAGAAUGUGAGCUGCGAGGAGACCAAAUACGCGUGCAGUAACUCCAAGUGCAUACCCCGGCUGUGGGCCUGCGAUGGCGAUGACGACUGCGGCGACAACACCGAUGAGGACAAACCCUACACACCUGUAGUCCUAAUGAGUUCCGGUGUGGUAAUGGUCGAUCACGAGAACGAUUGCGGAGACAAUACAGACGAAGAAGGAUGUCAAUACCCGCCCUGUGCUGAUGGCGAGUUCACGUGUGCCAACCAUAAGUGUAUCCCGAAAUCGCAGUUAUGUAAUGGUGUGAACGACUGCAAAGACACCAAGACAUCGGAUGAGAGUCACUCCAUAUGUCCGAACAACAGGACGUGUCCGGGAAAUCAUCUCAAGUGCGAGGGCACCAACAUAUGUGUCGAACCCUAUUGGCUCUGCGAUGGUGACAACGAUUGCGGCGAUAACUCGGACGAGAAUUCCCUGAUCUGUUCUCAGAGGACGUGCCCACCAAACAGCUUCCGGUGUCCGAACCACCGGUGCAUACCUGCGACCUGGUAUUGCGAUGGCGAUGACGACUGCGGCGGAUCUAAGGCCGACGAACCCGAAGAGUACUGCAAAAGUGAAAAGAGGACCUGUUUUGGAGACCUAUUCACCUGUGAUAACGGCAACUGUAUUCCGAGGAUAUAUAUCUGCGACGGCGAUAACGAUUGUCUCGACAACUCUGAUGAGGACAUAAGACACCAGUGCGACACUCGACAGUGCGAUCCUGACCGGGAGUUCACGUGUUCGGCCAACAAGAACUGGGGUCGAGCGCAGUGUAUACCCAAACGAUGGAUCUGCGACGGAGAUCCAGACUGCGUGGACGGCGCCGAUGAAAACACGACUGUUCACAACUGCCCGCCCCCCGAGCCCUGCGAAACGGAUCAGUUCAGGUGCAAUAACCACCGGUGUAUCAACAAGGAAUGGGUUUGUGACCACGACAACGACUGCGGCGAUGGAUCUGAUGAGCACAGGAACUGUACGUUCAGGACGUGUUCGCCCGAAGAGUUUUCGUGUCGAAACACCAAAUGUAUCCGAAAGACAUACUUAUGCGACGGCGAAGAUGAUUGCGGCGAUGGAAGCGAUGAGAAUCAGCCGCAAUGCAAGACCGAAGCGCCCACUUGUGCGGGCGGACAGUUCCGGUGCAAAAGCGGUCAAUGCAUUACAUAUGAACGCGUCUGCAAUAAACAGAUCGACUGCGACGACGGCAGUGAUGAGCCCUCGCAUUGCAAUGUCGAUGAAUGCGCCAAAACCGAGAUCAAUGAAUGCGAACACAAAUGCGUGAAUACUUUGACCAGUUUUUACUGCGAGUGCAAUGAAGGCUAUUAUCUCAUGAAAGACGGGAAGGCCUGCGAAGACAUCGAUGAGUGCAAUACACUGAAGGGAAAGUGCAGUCAAUACUGUUUCAAUACUCCCGGUUCUUAUUACUGCAAGUGUAACGAAACCUAUUACGAGCGCGAACUGAAUGGACACGUAUGCAAGCGCCGGGAUAACAUCGAGCCGUGGAUUAUAUUCAGUAACCGAUAUUACUUGCGAAACAUCAGUACCGACGGCUCGGUCUAUAAUCUCAUUAAAAUGGAUCUCAAGAACGUUGUGGCUCUGGAUUUCGAUUACAGGGAGGAGCGGGUCUAUUACGCGGACGUCGGCAACAAAACCAUUAACAGAAUCUUCACGAACGGAACGGGAGAGCAGAAUGUGAUCAGACAUGAGGCGCACGGCUUGGAAGGCAUUGCCGUGGAUUGGGUCGGGAGGAAGAUCUAUUGGAUGGACAGAACGAGUAAACACAUAGAAGUGGCCGAAUUGGACGGCAAUCAUCGCAAGACUGUUCUCGGAAGAAGUAUAUCCGAUCCGCGAGCCAUUGCAGUGCACCCGGGAAUCGGUUACAUAUUCUUCACCGAUUGGGGGCACCACUCGUGUAUCGGGAAGUUAGGAAUGGACGGCACGAACUUCACCAGAAUUAUCACAUACGAGCAGAAGCUGGUCUGGCCUAACGCCUUGACGAUUGAUUACUUCAGUAAUAAGCUGUUUUGGGCGGACGCGCACCUGGACUACAUCGAGUACUCCGACUUUGAGGGCCGGCACAGACAUACGGUGCUGAGCGGCAGUUCUGUUCCCCACGUGUUUGCAUUGUCCGUAUUUGACGAUUGGCUGUAUUGGACGGACUGGAACACCAAAGGCUUAGUAAAGGCACACAAGUUUUCCGGCGAACACCUACAGGUUCUGAGGAAUACCUCUCACAGACCCUACGAUAUUCACAUCUAUCACCCGUUGAAACAAUUGCCUUACGAUAACCCAUGCGGUGAUAACAACGGCGGCUGUUCUCACUUGUGUCUUAUAGCACCGGGUGGUCAGACAUACUCGUGCGCCUGUCCUAACAAUUUCCUACUCCGAGAGGACAAUAAGACAUGUAUUGCCAACUGCACGAAAGGGCAGCACAGGUGUCAGGCGCCCGAUGACCGGUGUAUACCUGUCUUCUGGACGUGUGAUGGCGAUAAGGACUGUAGGGACGGGUCGGAUGAGAUGAACUGCGCGCCCUUUAUGUGCAAACCGGGAAUGUUUCAGUGCAGGAAUAACCACACCUGUAUCUCCAGGAUCAGGAUCUGCGACGGUAUCCCCGACUGUAGCGACAAAUCGGACGAAAGUUUCUGCGACACCGAUUGCGGCGAACACAGCUUCAAAUGCCGGUCCACCGGCAGGUGUGUCCCCGACUCGUGGCAGUGCGACGGCGAUAACGACUGCUCCGACGGCUCCGAUGAGGACUCGUCUGUCUGUCAUUCGCGGCAAUGCGAUAAAGACACGCAAUAUCAGUGCAAAAACGGCAAAUGCAUUCCCAAACUCUGGUUCUGUGACUUCGAUGACGAUUGUGGUGAUAAUUCGGACGAACCGGCGCACAGGUGUAGGAAUCGGAACUGUAGUACCGGUUGGCAGAAGUGUCCGACGAGAAACAACUACAGGUGUAUCCCGAGUUGGCUCUUCUGCGACGGCAAAGACGACUGUCGCGACAAUUCGGACGAAAGUAAUACCGACUUCUGUCCCAAAUGUCACGAAUCGGGAGACUUUAAGUGCAAAAACGGCAGAUGUAUUCCUCUGCGGUGGCGAUGCGACUUCGAGGACGAUUGCGGCGAUAAAUCAGAUGAGGAGCACUCAAUGUGUGUCGAUCUCUAUCGCGAGUGUUCAGAGAGUGAGUUCCAGUGCGGCAACAAGAAGUGCAUUCCCUCGCGAUGGCGGUGCGAUCACGACGACGACUGCGAUGACGGCUCCGACGAGAAGGAGUGCCUCGACUAUCGCUGCAAAGACGAUCAGUUCAAGUGCAGGAGCGGCCACUGUAUCCCACAGAAGCUGGUCUGCGACGGAAACAAGGACUGUAAGGACGUAUCGGACGAGACCAACUGUCCCACGCGUUUCCCGAACGGCCGCUUCUGUCAGGAUUCUCUAUAUCAGUGCAAUAACACCGUCUGUUUGCGGCCCGACUUCUUGUGCGACGGCGACGAUGAUUGCGGCGACGGAACCGAUGAGUUGGAGUCCAUGUGUCAGAGCUUCGAGUGCGACCUGACCCGCAAGUUUCAGUGCAAUAACAAGAGGUGUAUACCGUUGUGGCAGAUAUGCAAUGGACAGGACGAGUGCGGCGAUGGAAGUGAUGAGAACAACCACACGCUGUGCCGCAAAUGGCCCCUUCCCUGUCUGUCCAAUCAGUUCAAGUGUGCGAACGAACAGUGCGUUGCCUUAGACAAGGUUUGCGACCAUAACGACGAUUGUGGAGAUCUGUCCGAUGAAAAGGGAUGUCAUAAAGGAGUUUGCAAUAAAGAGACGAAAGGUCACUGUCAGCACAACUGCUCUGUGGUGGGAGAGGGCGGCUAUAUCUGUGCGGACGAACAGAACUGUCCACCGAUUGUCUGCUCCUCCACUCAGUUCCAGUGCGCGAAUCUCAAGCAAUGCAUUCACGAGAGCUAUCACUGCGAUGGCGUCAGUGACUGUCAGGACGGCUCCGACGAAAAAGGCUGUCCGUCGCUGUCCGCUAAUCAAUGCGACGCCGAAAAGCAAUUUCAAUGUCAGACCUCAAGAAUAUGUAUUCCCAAGUCUGACGGAAAUCCCGACUGCGAGGACAGUAGUGACGAGCCCUCCACGUGCGGCGAGAUUGAGUGCCCCAGCAAUCACUUUAAGUGCAAUAAUUCAAAAUGUAUUUUUAAAUCUUGGAUUUGUGAUCAAACGGACGACUGCGGCGAUAACUCGGACGAAGAUCAGCGGCACGCGUGCGGACCCACUCAUUACGACUGUCCCAGCGGUCAGUGGAUGUGUCCCAACAUUACCAACCGAUGCAUUCCUAUCAACAAAAUAUGUGAUAAACAACUUGACUGUCCUAAUGGUGCCGACGAGGGUCCGGCCUGUGAUCUGCAGACGUGCUCUAACAACCAGUGCACCCAUAACUGCACCCAAACCCCAUUCGGCCCCCUUUGCACCUGUCCUAUGGGUGAGCGGCUGAACGACACGAGAACCUGUAUGGAUAUCGACGAGUGUUCAAUAGUCGGCAGUUGUAGUCACAAGUGUUUCAACGAAAAGGCGUCGUUCAGGUGUCUGUGCGAAGACGGCUACCAAUUGGAGAACAAAACGUAUUGCAAAGCCAUCAACAGAAGCAUCGCUUACCUCGUGAUCUCCAAUCGGCGCUCAAUUCUGGUCGCAAACAUCACUAACGUAUCGCUGGAGAGAGUGCCGGUGCGGGUGGAGAACGUGGUGGCCACCGCUUCCGAGAUGAUCACCGGCACUAUCUAUUGGUCUGAUAUGCACUCGAAGAAGAUCUACAGAAUGAAGAAGGGCUCGGCUGACCCCGAGGUUGUGGUGGGCAGUGGUCUCGACUUAGUCGAGGGGCUGGCCGUCGAUUGGGUGGCAAACAAUCUCUAUUGGGUUGACUCGCGACUCAAAACAAUCGAAGUGUCGACAAUCAACGGCCAAAACCAUAUCGUGCUGUUGUCGCAGAACAUAAGCCAACCGCGGGGUAUAUGUCUGGACCCGCGAGAGGACGCCCGGAUCCUCUUCUGGACGGAUUGGGGCGAAAACCCACGCAUCGAAAGAGUGGGAAUGGAUGGCAGCGAACGCAAAGUGAUUGUGAGCACCAAAAUCUAUUGGCCAAACGGCUUGACCCUCGAUAUCCCCACCCGACGCGUGUACUUCGCCGACUCGAAGCUGGAUUACAUCGACUUCUGCAACUACGACGGCUCCGGCAGGCAACAGGUGUUGGCCCACAACCACUAUCUCCUUCACCCACACUCACUGACGGUCUUCGAGGACACGCUUUACUGGACGGAUCGUCAGCUAAAUCGAGUGCUUUCUUGCCAUAAAUACAAAGGAAUCAAUCAAACGGUUGUCUCGCAUCUGGUGAGUCAGCCACUCGGCAUUCACAUCAAUCACCCGUUGCUUCAGCCGCCGGCCCCCAACCCGUGCGCGAAAGCCUCGUGUUCUCACUUAUGCCUACUGUCCCCGCGAACCGAGGGCUACACCUGUAAGUGUCCGCCCGGUUACGGACAGGACAGGACCGCUGCCGGCGGUCGGUGCAUACCAGUGGAGACGCCGUACCUCAUGGUUAUGAAAGGCACGCAAAUCGUUGACUUGAGUUUGACGCCAAACGAGAAAUCUGUCGGACAUUUCACGCCAGUUAUUGGCGUCGAGAAUGGCUACGACUUUGAUUACGACAAACAGGAGGGCUAUAUAUAUUGGGUGCAACUCCGGGAGGACGACAAAGAGAACGGAACCCUCUAUAAAGUGAGUCUUAAGGGCGGAAAUCAGACGAAAUUCCUGCCGGACGGCAUCGUUGGCGCGCCCUAUUGUAUAGCGUUUGAUUGGAUCGGACGUAACCUAUACAUCGGCAACAAGAAGGCCUCGAAUAUAGCGGUCGUCAAAACGGACGGCGAAAAGUAUUACCGACGGACUGUCCUCAGCAAUGAUGGCUCGGAAAAAGGUGUCGCCAAACCUAAGGCUAUAGUCUUAGACCCAUUGCAGGGAAAGCUGUAUUGGCUGGACGAGGGAGGCGUAGGGGUGCCGCAGAAGGUGUCGCGCGCUAAUAUGGACGGCUCUAACGCCACGGUUCUCGUGAGAGAAUCCCUACAUCACGUCGAGGCACUCACUUUUGAUCUCAUGAAUAAGCGCCUGUAUUUCAGUCAGAGCUAUACCGGAGUCAUCGAGAGUGUGGACCCGGAGGGAAGAGAUCGGCGAACUAUCGUCAUAUCCAGCUCUGGAAUCGCCAAACCUCAGGGUCUCUCUGUGUAUAACAAUCGUCUCUAUUAUUUGGAUUCCGUGUACGAGAAGAUAUCGCGAGUGAACCUUCCGGACGGCGGGAACUCCAUCACCAUCGAGGAGAACACCCCUUCGCUCUCCAACAUUAAGAUAUACAGCAAAAGACCCGGAGUGGAGAACCAUCCGUGCCGUAUGGGGAACGGCGGGUGUCAGCAACUGUGCAUACCAUCCGAGAACAAUCAGCGCAAGUGUUUGUGUAGUACGGGAUUCAAGACGGAUGGCGAGACCAACUGUCAGGCCUAUAAGUCCUUCGCCGUCGUCUCAUCGCUCAACAAAAUGCAAGGCUUUAGUCUCGAAGAUCACGCCGAAGCCAUUCAACCGCUGGCCGGCGCCGGACACAACAUACUCCACAUCGACGUGAAUGUCGUGAAGAGUCACAUCUAUUGGGUUGAGUACAAUCCCGGCGAGAGGAACGGUAUCUAUCGUAUCAAACCGGACGGCACGGAGAAGCAGCACAUUAUAUCCGACGGCAUCGGAAGUAACGGCAUUCGAGGCAUCGCUAUCGACUGGAUCGCCGGCAACAUGUACUUCACAAAUGUCUUCCCGCACGAGACCUACAUUGAGGUGAGCUAUUUGGACGGUUCCCACCGAAUGGUUUUAGUCAAGACAACGACCGACGCGCCCCGAGAAAUAGCCGUCAAUCCGAUUAAGCGGUUCCUGUAUUGGAUAGAUUACGGACAGUUCCCCAAAAUAGAAAAGGCGUUACUCGACGGCACCAACAGGACGCCCAUUGUCGUGACCGGAAUCAGUAAUCCCAGAGACCUGACCAUCGAUAUACUCACUCACGAUGUCUAUUGGGUCGACGCCAGAGAGGAUGCCAUUCAAAAGGUAUCCUUCUCUGGUGGGCGCCGGCAAUACAUCUGGAAAAACCUGCCGACGCCGUACGGCGUGUCCAUCCUGGGCUCGACCGUGUAUUGGGUCGACAGAAAUUUGCGGACAAUUUUCAGGGGCAAUAAGUUCGCGACCGACAACCGGACGUUAGCGCCCGAGCCAUUCAAAUCCAAUUUAGAUACGUUGCGAGAUAUUGUCAUAUUUGAUGCCAAUAACCAACCGCCCGGAGAGUCGCCCUGUUCUCGAUUGGGAGACCGUAUGUGCGAACAGCUCUGCUUCGCUAUACCGCAGGGAUAUAGUGACACGAACUACCGGUGCGCC